AUGAGGAGCGCAGGUAAGUGCGAGGCGGAGCGCGGCGGGGAGGGGAAGGCGGAGAGGGAGAGGGAGAGGGAGAAGACGAAGCUGAGAGAGAGACGGCGGAGGUCCAUCACGUCCAAGAUCUUCGAGGGGCUCCGGAAGCAUGGUGGGUACGACCUCCCCGCCCGCGCCGACAUCAACGACGUCCUCCGCGCCCUUGCCCGCGAGGCCGGCUGGGUCGUCGAGCCCGACGGCACCACCUACCGCGCCGGUCAAAGAGUGUCACCGGUCUGGACCACCAUCAAUGCCCGAGGGAGGAGCAUUGGCUGCAAAGGAGGAGGAGGAGUUGAGAGCUCCGUGGCCACCUCCUCGCGGCCGCCACCCGCGCCGGCCGCCCCCCGUGCCAUGUCCGUGUCUCCACUGGGGCCGUACGUGGCCUUCGGCGGGGCGCGCUUCCCGGGCCUGUGCGUCGGGGCCGCAGGAGGCGUGGCCGCCGCAGCGGCAGCCGCUGACGCAUGGCCGCCGGAGGGGUGGGCGUGGGGCCAGGCGUCACAGCUGGGCGCGCCGCAGCAGAACGUAUGA